AUGAAUAUUGAGCACAGAAAUGACAGUAUGGCCUCCAUGGAUGUAAAAAUUGGCAUAGCCUUCAUUGUGCAGGUGGUCAUUGGAACUGUGGGGAAUUUCUCUUUCUUUAGUCAGGACAUAUUCCUGUGCUACAGUGGAUACAAGAAAAGGUCCACAGACUUGAUUCUCAGACACCAAACUGUGGCCAACUUCUUGGUCAUUCUCUCUAAAGGAAUCCCAGAGACCAUGGCAAGAUUUGGGUUGGAGCACUUCCUCAGUGAUUUUGGAUGCAAAUUUGUUUUCUAUGUUCACGUCUUAAGCAGAGGUGUAUCCUUUGGCAGCACCUGCCUCCUGAGUGUCUUCCAGGCCAUCACCAUCAGCCCCAGAGACUGGAAAUGGGCACAGUUUAAAAGGAAAGUUCCCAAGUACACAAGCAUUUCCACUGCCAUGUGCUGGGUGCUGCAUUUGUUGCUGAGCUUCGGUUUUGCUGUGAGUAUAACUAGCAAAUUGAAAACCAGAAACAUCACAGAUAAAAUGGACUUUGCAUACUGCUCUGAUGUACAUCCCAUUAGAGGGUUAUAUUCCUUAAGUAUAGCAUUGAUCUCCAUCAGUGAUAUUCUGUGUAUGGGGCUCAUGCUCUUUGCCAGUGGCUCCAUGGUUUGCAUCCUGUACAGGCACAAGCAGCAGGUCCAACACAUCCAUAGGUCUAAGAGCUCCUCCCGAUCCUCUCCGGAGAGCAGGGCCACUCACAGUGUCCUUGUCCUUGUGAGUGUCUUUGUGUUUUUCUACACCCCCUCUGCCAUCAUGCACAUGUAUCUGACUUUUUCUGGAAAGCCCAGCUCCUUCCUGCACACUCUAGGAGCCUUCAUAAAUGGAUGUUUCCCAACCAUCUGCCCCUUCUUGCUCCUGAGCUGCGGUCACAGUGUAUCCCGAGUCAGCUGCAUCAGCUGUGCAAGAAAUACAGAGCCAGAGCCAUCUCAUCACAGCAGAAAAAAUCUGUGCACCACCUGCUUUUCAGUAUUGAGCUACGGGCGGACUCCACUGCCAAGGACUGUAAAAAUGCAGGGGACAUAA